GCUGGAUCCUGCGUUCGGUCCGCACAUCAUCACCAGAAGCAGCAGCAGCCAAAUCGUUUUUUCCUUCCCUCCCUCAUAAGGAACCGGCCGAGGGAGCACGUCAGCCCCCCAGGCCGCCGCGAGGGACGGACCUCAGUCAGCCGUGGACUCCUCUCUCUCCCACCCCACCCGCACAUCUCCCCUCAUGGAUGUCCCACCUCGUUACAGCUCUAGACGACGGACGCCGCCCGUGUAGAUGUGUGUGACGCCCCACGCUUUACGUUAAGCUUCUUUUUUUUCAUGCGGUAACCGGUUGGUGUUGGACAGCAGAGAGGAGGAGGAGGAGCGCGCGCCCCCAGUCGUUAGCCGGGGAAGCUAACCGAGCUAGCUAACUUUAGCCGCGACACUUGGCACCCUUGUCGGGGAGUUUUGUGGCUUGCACGCUGACCUGGGGCGGGCUUGGGAUGCCCCGUCACUUUUUUUAAAUCAAGGAGCAUGUUGGAGUGACGCGAAAAGGAGGAAGUGGGAUCUCUGACGCCCUGCCUUCUUUACUGGUGGAGCCCCUUUGCAUCUGACCGGAGGCUCCCUGGACAGGGCCAAUACCGAUUAAAAGAAGUCACGGUGACGUUACCAGGAUGCGGAGGUUCGCCUACUGCAAAGUGGUCCUGGCCACCUCUCUGGUGUGGGUGAUGCUGGACAUGUUCAUCCUGCUCUACUUCAGCGAAUGCAACAAGUGCGACGACAGGAAGGAGCGAGGACUGCCCGGUAGAGACGACCCCCUGGCGAGGCCGCGGGAUGGGCCCGGGGAGGGGGGGAAGCCUGUGGUGAUCCCAAAGGAGAACCAGGAGAAGAUGAAGGAGAUGUUUAAGAUCAACCAAUUCAACCUCAUGGCAUCUGAGAUGAUUGCGCUAAAUCGUUCAUUGCCUGACGUCCGGCUCGAAGGUUGCAAGAACAAGCUAUAUCCUGACAAUCUGCCCCGAACUAGUGUGGUAAUUGUCUUUCACAACGAGGCAUGGAGCACGCUGCUGCGGACCGUCCACUCUGUCAUCGACCGCUCUCCCCACACACUCCUGGAGGAGAUUGUUCUGGUAGAUGAUGCCAGUGAGCGAGAUUUCCUAAAGCGACCGUUGGAGCAAUAUGUCCGAAGGUUGGAGGUCCCCGUGCGGGUGGUGAGGAUGGAUCAGAGGUCUGGACUCAUUCGAGCUCGCCUCAAGGGAGCGUCCAUCUCUACGGGGCAGGUGAUAACCUUUCUGGAUGCUCACUGCGAAUGUACGACAGGCUGGCUGGAGCCGCUGCUCGCUCGCAUCAAACAAGACAAGAGAACGGUAGUGUGCCCCAUCAUCGACGUGAUCAGCGACGACACCUUCGAGUACAUGGCGGGUUCGGACAUGACGUACGGAGGCUUCAAUUGGAAGCUCAACUUCCGCUGGUACCCAGUGCCCCAGAGAGAAAUGGACCGCCGCAAAGGAGACCGCACACUUCCUGUCAGAACUCCCACCAUGGCAGGAGGCUUGUUUUCUAUCGACAGAGAUUAUUUCCAAGAGAUUGGCACUUAUGACGCGGGCAUGGACAUCUGGGGUGGAGAGAAUCUGGAAAUCUCUUUCCGAAUCUGGCAGUGCGGCGGAACCCUGGAGAUCGUCACGUGCUCGCACGUGGGUCACGUGUUCCGAAAGGCAACGCCCUACACGUUUCCUGGAGGAACGGGACAGAUCAUCAACAAAAACAACAGACGCUUGGCCGAAGUCUGGAUGGAUGAAUUUAAAAACUUCUUUUACAUCAUCUCCCCCGGUGUGACCAAAGUGGACUACGGUGACAUCACGUCUCGCACAGUUCUCAGACAGAAGCUCCAAUGUAAACCUUUCAGUUGGUACUUGGAAAACGUCUAUCCCGACUCCCAGAUUCCCCGCCACUAUUACUCCCUGGGAGAGAUCCGAAAUGUGGAGACCAACCAAUGUCUGGACAAUAUGGCCCGCAAAGAGAACGAGAAGGUUGGGAUUUUCAACUGCCAUGGCAUGGGUGGCAACCAGGUGUUCUCUUACACAGCCAAUAAGGAGAUCAGAACAGACGACUUGUGUCUGGACGUGUCGAAAUUAAAUGGACCUGUCAUGAUGCUGAAGUGUCACCAUCUCAAAGGCAACCAGCUGUGGGAGUACGACCCCGUGAAGCUGAGCCUAGUGCACGUCAACAGCAACCAGUGUUUGGACAAGGCCAGCGAGGAGGACAGUCAAGUGCCCAGCGUCAGAGACUGCACGCACUCGCGCUCGCAGCAGUGGCUGCUCCGCAACGUCACACUACCGGAAGUCUUCUGAUGGCGCGCACUCACUUCACACAUCCGCAGAGCGAAAAGGACCAUUUUUUUGUCUUUAAAAACAAAAACAAAAAAAGAAGAAACAAGCAGCAAAAAAUAGAAUGUAACUAGUGCUCCGUGUGGAUGUGAGAGUACAACACCUGGGAUGGUACGACCUCAAGGAACAGUGUCGCAUUCUCAGGAGGAAGCCCGAGGGGGGAAAGUCUCCCACCGGGGGAUGCCGGAUGUUCUCGGCAAGUGACUGAUUGAUGCUCACCUGUCACAUCAUCUUGUAACGUUUACUGACUGCCUCUUGUUAUGGAGUGUGUGCACUUAAUUUGUGUGUGUCUGUGUGUGUGUGUCUGUGUGUGUGUGUGUAACUUGUUUGUUUUGUUUUUUUAUAUUUAAUUCAGUCAUGCAUUGUGAAGAGCUCCUAUGAAGACGGUUUCCCCAUUGUGUGCCUCCUUACAGUGUGUCUCCCUCUAGUGUCUUCUCCUUGCCUUUACACCCUGCAGACUGACGUGGGCCUCAAGGACUGCUACAGACAUUUGGAGAGGCAGAGAAGAUAAAUAACGUUUGUGAUAUCACACCUUUUCUAUGUCCUGUUUUUACAUUGUUGUCUCUUGUCCCGUUUAGCAUUGAGGCUAGAAUACUGCUCACUGCCUAAUUACACACACACGCACACACACACAGUCUGACCCUCGAGUCCAUUGGGCGCUCACAUGAAAGCAGGGUUUGGCCAAACUCUUCCACAUCUUUCGCACUCAAGUCUUCAUUUGGGAUCGCAGGUGAGCUGGAGCCCAAUUAGGCAAGUUAGGAAAAUACAUCCUGCCACGAGUCUACUUCCUGUACAUCAAUUAAAGAUGUGCCAAACAGUGCACACGAUUUAAUUACAAACACCAAAAGAGCUUUCGGAACCCUGCUUUAAAGCAGCACUCCAGUGUGUGCGGCGUGGGUGACAACCUUCUUGCACCUUAGUUGGGAGCCAAAUUGACCCUUUUUGGGUUUUUACUGGGGUUUCUUGAGUUCUUGCUUCUCCUCAAAGCCUGUCAUUUAGGUUGAGGAAGACAUCUUGCACAUCGUCAGCCUCUUAAAAUAAUGGCCUAUGUUCCAUUCUGACAAAACUUUUUUUUUGUUGCCUUAAUCACCUCCCCAGGAGGCCGCAUCUGCUAAAAUCACCGACAUAUUUCGUUAAACAAAUCAUUCAAUUUUACCCCUGAUGCAUUUAUUAAUAAAGAGAAUCAUUGAUGUUUUUUGUGUUUGUUUUAUGUUUUCUGAAAAAAAAAUGACCAGCCAUUAUUUUAGGAAGGUGACGAUAUCUCGGCGUAUCAUAUUUUACCCCGCUUGUACAUCAUAUCUCAUUUAGUUCAGCACGAAUGGCCAUCAUGUUCCAUUGUGUUUUACAUAUCACUGAGAGUCUAUGUUGUCAUCAAAGAUUUUUACAAGCUGUGUUCAGAAUCUCUCCUGCCAAUUACUCUUGCAUAAUCACUAGGGAUUUGUACGUAGUUAACUGUAGGCUUCACUAAAACUGACAGUCUUGGGCUGCUUUGCUUAUUCAGGAUCUUCGGUCCGCUAAAAAUCCAGAUACGGCGACUGAGUAUGUAGGGCUUUUUUUAAGCAGAGGAUCUACGGUUCACAAAAAGUCAACAAAAGAAAAAUGAGUAGGGAAGUAACGGAAUGAUUCCAAACACAUUCACUGUUGUCUAAAUUGCAAUUUCUUUUCAUAAUGGACUAAAAAUCAACUGUGUGAUGGUCUGGGGCUUCUCUGUUCCUGCAGCACCGCUGUGCCCUAACAAGCCUACCACACUAAAAAUAUUGGGAAUUCCUCGGGAGCGGGGGAGUGCACUUCUGAGUCCACUGUAUAAAAAUAUAUUUGGAGUGAUUAGGGAGUAGGGAAUGACGAUUCCCAACAGUGACGGACGGUGUUUACACUCUUUGGAAGAAUCAUCUUUGCGACUGUGACAUGGCCAAGGGGACGUUUUGUGUUUAGACUGUACUGAAAUGUGCUGACUUACACGUGCAACUUUUUCUACAGUGAACGCUUCCAAAUAUAGGAAAUAAAAGUGAAGGCAUUUACACGGCCUGUCACGGACAACCGUCA